AUGUUUUCAAGAACCGUGAAGUUGACUCAAGCAAGAGCUUUCCAAACUACUGCCAGAAAGAAUUUGACCAUUCCAUUCUUAUCUACCUUGCCACAAGCUCCGGGCGGUGUGAAGGGUAACGUUAACGAUGCUUACGUCCCUCCAGCUCCAGAAAAACUACACGGAUCAUUGCAUUGGGAUUUUGAAAGAGUUUUGGCCAUUUCCUUAAUUCCAUUGGUCACCGUACCACUAGCUGCCACUGGUUCCAUUUCUACUGUUUUGGACACUGCAUUGGCUUCCGUACUAUUAGGUCACUGUUACGUUGGUUUCCAAUCCUGUAUCAUCGAUUAUAUUCCAAGCAGAGUUUACGGUAAGAAUCACACAUACGCCAUGUACUUGCUUGGACUAGGUUCUCUAUUCUCCGUUGUCGGUAUCUACCACAUGGAAACAAAGGAAGGUGGACUCAUUGGUGUUCUAAAAAAUAUUUGGUCUAAACCAUCUACCGAAAAGAAAUGA